CAAAAGGUAAACAAUAAACGUUGUGAAAUGUGUCAAAAAUAAAUCGCAAUUUCACACAAUUUCUGAUAAACUAGUUAAAUUUGAGCAUUAGUAUGGUUUCCUUACGAAUCUACAAUAACGAUGGCGUCGGAUAGAUACAACCAGAACGUAAAGGGGCCGAAUUUAGGCGAGGACUUGCUGGGCUGUACAAUUUGUUAUGACAGACUGAAAUCUCCAAAGAUUUUGCAAUGUCUUCACACCUUCUGUGAGACAUGUCUGGAGCGUCAUUUCGGGGCCGUGAGCUGCCAGUUCAAGCCAGUUCCAACAUUUGUCUCGUGUCCAAAUUGUCGAGAGCUCACGUAUCUGCCAAAAGGGGGCAUUCCAGGUCUUCGUUAUGAUGUUGCGGUCGAGAAAACAUCGGUUCUUCUUGAGAAAAUCCAGACACUUCUUGAUGACGUUUAUAGAUUAAAGGGUGAUGAGGAUGACGUUAAUGGUGUAUAUAAUGCUGUUUUUGCUGCUGAAUUUGCGAAAGAAGAACACGCACAUCUCCUACAUCUGCUCGAGGUUCUCGUCUCCAAAAUGGCGGAGAGUCAAACGAAAAUGUCCCAGCUUGUUAUGACUGAGAAAGUCAUGCGGAAGGAGUUGGCAGACAUGAUGAGCGCGCCGGAGACGCCAGCGCAUUCUACAAACUCGGCAACGCCGCAACAAACUCCGGUAAAACAAAAUGCAUCCAAAGACCGCGAAAUGAAAUUAGACGAGAAAUACCAUCCAGUAUUUGCGCGCCUAAGCUCGGCUCAGGACAAACUUUAUUCUCGCUAUGCAAGUUUGAAGUGUUUACACAACGUGGCUGAGGCUGUCUUGUCGAAAUGUCCCGACGAUCAGGUGAAGGCUGUUUGUGGCGAUUUAAUCUGUAUGAUUGAACGAGUCCUGAAGGAGGACGAGAAAAUACCCGCUGAUAUUGACGCUCUGGUUCUUGAAGCUGAUGCAGAGGGCGCUGCAAGUGCCCUUUUAGACUUCGGUUUGAAGACGGGUCCGAAAGAAGCGACUUUUGAGAAAGUGAAAGUCAAAUUGUUGUGGCAGGUCGGGGCACGUGGUACUUCCAGUAGAAUGUUCCAGUGGCCAGUUCAUGCUGCGGUAGUCCAGGGCGACAGAAUCAUUGUCGCUGAUAAAAACAACAGUCGAUUACAAGUGUUCGAUAUGGAAGGGAAUUACUUCACGUCUUUCGGACAAAAUAUGGUGAAACCGAAACGCAUCGCUGUUAAUUCUGACGGUGUUGUCUACGUUAGCGACGAACUUUCUGAAUGCGUGAAAAUGUUCAAUGAGCAUGGCUGUCUUGUUUCGCGAUGGGGUGAAUCGCUGUUCAAAAAUCCUGCCGGUAUUGCCAUCAAUAGUGAGGGCAAUAUUGUCAUGAGUGAUGCCGAGCGCUGUUUUAUCAGCAUCCAUACCCCAAGUGGAAUACUACUCACUAAGUUCACGUCGCGUAUGCUGGAGGAUACGACAGUCCCGAAUCCUUAUUUUCUGACGGUCAAUGCUGACGAUAACAUUAUCGUAUCGGAUUCCUACAACUCGUGUGUGAAAGUUUUCUCGAAGACUGGCCAGCCGAUGUAUAGGUUUGGCAAAGGACGCUUGAAAUGCCCGCGCGGUAUUGCCGUGGACCAGAACGGGAACAUCUUAGUCGUUGACAGUGACAAUCAUCGCGUGCUCAUGUUCGAUCCUUUCGGUAAAUAUCUUUGUGAGAUUUUAACACGUCUGGAUGGGUUGUGCUACCCGAUGGGUCUUACACUGAGCAAGGAUGACAAGCUGCUGAUCACCCAGUGCGGUUUUUACGGCGGCCAUGAGCUGCGUGUGUACCAAUUGCAAACGGAAGACGACAGUGAAAAGUUUUGCUAGAUCAGCUUCAUUUUAUAGUCAUCAUCAUCAUCAUCAUCAUCAUCAUCAUCAUCAUCAUCAUGGUUAAUAAUCAAACAUUUGAUACUUUCUGCUCGACUCCUACACAGCGGCAUUAUGUGACGGACAACGCAGUUGGCCAUUUUCGAUCGGCUUGACCAUAUGUGCGUGAAGAUAACAAAAUUUUGGAUCUGCUUGAUCACAUGUGCGUAAGGGGGGGUUGACUUGUCCAUUUUGCUUUUGACGGGGUGGAGACAAUACCGCCAUGUGUGAAAUCAUUAUUUCAUUUUUUUCUCAUGAUUUUGUGAUUCUUUUCAUGCACAUAGUUUUAUGCAAAAAAUAAUUCAUUGACAUAUUUUUCCAACAGCAACUGAUAAAAAGCAUGAACCAAGUCCCUCAUACAAGUAGAUAUAGGUCCGAAGCCACUACAACACAUAUUAACAUAUAAGGUGCAGGAUAUACUCUGUUUCCUCACGUAUACUGUCUCCCUAUACCGCUAAUACAAAAUAACAGUGUCCAUACAUUGGGUGGGGUAUGCAAUAGGGUUCACCACCUGUGGGGCGGUCUUUCUUUGCCCACGUGAUGAAUGGGCAUUGUCCAUUUGCUCCGCCUCGGUCACGCCAUGAAUAAAGCCGAAACACGAUUGUCUGGUUAUACACGUACAAUCCAUUCAAUUCAUUUAAAAUCCCAUCCACCAAUAGUAGUGGACUGCAAGUAGUGGUUGUCUCUGGUCAUAGGUAGGUCUGUGUCACAAUCUGAGCCAAUCAGUCCAAUCCAAUAGGCCUAACCUUUGUCUAGGUAUGCGAUGUAUUCAUCCCUUCGGGCCUCGUAAAUAUGGCGCCCAGAGAUGAUGUACGUGAGGAAACAGAGUAUUUUGGUUCAUAUUAAUCGUAUUACAUGUAGAACAAUAUACUAUUACAUACAUGUACAAUGUACAUGACGUAUACCAGAUGUAUAGACCAGAUAUGUAUGCAUGAUUGUCCGUAUGUGACCAAGAAUAACGAAAAGUCAAUAUUUCAUACUUUCGUUUUAUAUCCUACCCCCUUGAUUAGAUCUUCAGUUUUAUAUUCUUAAUUACCUUGGUUGCUGCAUAGCAUUGUUUACAGAGUAUAAUUAAUAGUAUAAAGCACUGUGCCUCAUUUUUGUGGCAGCGGUUAUGGUAACCAUGAUAAGUGCUUGGGUCAGCGAAAAAAUAUGGAAGUAGUCAAAAAGCAGUAAAAAUCACAUGGUUAUUUCUGAGAUAUUUUGUAAUAGAAAUUGAUACCCAGGAACCUCACUGUUGCUAAUGGUUGUCACACCAAGCCUUUAUUGUGAUGUUUGGCCUAUUUUAUAUGUCCCAAGUGUGACAUCUCCAUUGUGGUGCGAUUGCAUCACGUUAGUUUGUACUAUUCGAAACAUUUCAUUUCUAAAACUAAGGCAUAGUCCUCCGGGGGUUAAUGCGGGACAGUAUUGAUAUUCAAUAUCUUAUCAUUGAACAUUGGCGGUAAAUUUACUGCGCACCACAUUAUUGAUUGAUGUCACAGUUCUCCAAUGACUCAAAUUUCCUUAGUCUAGUUGGUGAAGACCAACCAGUAGGUUUUGUAGGGGUUAAAAAAUUUUCAUCAACUAAAUGGCUUGGUGAUAAGGAAUCCUUAAUAAAAAAACCACCAGAGUCUCAAAGAUAAUAGUCCAAUGUUAUUUUGGAAUGGUGAUGGUCAGGUCUGAUGGUGACAUAAAAUCUGGCCCAGUAGGCCUAAAAAUGGACAGCGACAGUGUACAUGUACAUUGUAUUCCCGUUUUAUGAUAUCGGACUAAGUCAGUGAUACUGUUUACAUGUAAAUGUAGGGUACGUGUAUAUAUUUCUCCAUUGUGGAGACCAACCUCGGCCCCUGUGCCAAGGGGAAAUUGUUUUUGUUCCCUGCAGACUUGAUGUUGAUUGCUAAAAUGUUGAUUUGUAAAAUAAUCUUUUUGGCAUUUACCAGUAUGCAGCAACUUGAUGUGUUCCAGAUCAUAAAAAAGACUCGUACUUGCUUCAGUGCAUACUGUUCUUUGUGGCUUCAUAGUAUUGUAGUCUGAAGUAAAACCUCUCUAUCAAGGACACCCUUUAGCUUGGGACUGGAAAUGACCAACUCGGGACCAAAUGCGAUAUCCCUAAUAGAGAGGUGUCCUCAGUAGAGAGGUGCCUGCUAAGGGAGGGUCCACUAUACACAGUACAUGUAUAUGUAGUAAGAGAAUUGGAAUUUUAUAAAAUUUUUGAAAAAGUUACCCUUUCCAAGAUUUGGGAUGAUGGGAAGAUACUUGGGAUUCUCGCUGGAUUUUUGCAUAAGAUAAUGCAAAUAUGUUUGUAGCUGUCUUGUAUUUACAUUCUGUUGGACAUGAAUAAUGUAUACAUUUGUAUAAGCGG